GAUGGGCUUAUUCUCAAUCAACUUGUUUGUAUAUCCAGAGCUCUUUUGGACAAAAGGGUUAACUCACAUAAACCCCUCUCAAAAUAUAUAGAGGAUGGCAUGUUUGUCAAUGGAGGGUUUUGUGGGGAAUGGAGCUUUGAAGAGGGUGCUUCCAAAGCUGAUAGAAGAAGGUUGGGAUGAUGUACCCACCUUGAAGCUUAUGAAACCAGAGGAUAUGGAUGCAAUCAACAUGACUCAACAACAAAAGGAUGCACUGGAAAUGAGGUCAUACCUCCAUGAGUGUACUCUAAUUCAAUAUGGAGAUAAGCUUGAGUCCUCGGGAAAAUGUCUUUCCAAGCUUCUUGGGUUAAGCAUGGAUGAAAUUUCUUCUCAGUUUGGUAUGAAGAGAGGCCACAUCGCCCGUUUCAUGGAAAAAAGAACGGCUAAUUCUUCUGCACCAGAUCCUUUGCAACAGCCACCACAUGGUCACACUUGAGGCAAAAAGACCAACAAAUCUUCUAGAAAUGAUAGCAUUCACAUUUCUGUCAAAACGUAGAAAAAUAUAAUUAUAUGUUUAUAGCUAAGGGGAAAAGAAAUGUUGCAAUGCACCUUAGAGCAUCUCCAACGCUACACUUCUUUUUUCAUCAAAUCUGUCGAAAAAAAUGACGAUUUUUUCAAUUUGAUACGAGGCGCUCCAACGGUGAGCAUCAAAGCAGAUUUGGGGAGGUGGUCGACCGGGU